ACUCUGCAGAGCUUCAUUCAUCGCUUCAUCAGUUUAAAAAAAAAAAUUAAAAAAGAAACAUUUUCUGGGCACAAAUCUUGAAUUGGCCAGACCAAGAUUACCAUUUUUCUUUUCCUAUUUCCACUUCCAACUUUAACAACAAAGAAAUUUUGGUGGGGGUGGGGGGUGGGGGAGGGGGGCAUUCUGCAGUGAAAGAGUUACAAAGUUUUUUUUUCCCAAGAAAAUGAUUCUGUUGUUGAAGGGAUGCAUUGUAUGGAAGUUGUUUGCAAUUCUUGAAACAAGAUUCUGUUUAGCCAAAAGCUUUUACUUUUGGAUCUUUCAGAUUUUCAAUAGAUACAGUUUGGGCACUUAGCCAGUUAGCCAAAUUAUUUCUGUGUUUCUUCUCUGUUUUCUAGCUUCUUCUUCUUGUUUUUUUUGGACAUUUUUUUGUGUGUUCUUAGGCCCUGAAAUUCAUGAGAGGAGCAUCAUUGCCUCCAGGGUUUCGGUUCCACCCAACCGAUGAUGAGUUGAUUGGAUACUAUCUCAAGAGAAAGACUGAAGGACUAGAAAUUGAACUGGAAGUCAUUCCUGUAGUAGACUUGUACAAAUUUGAUCCAUGGGAGCUGCCAGAAAAAUCAUUCCUGCCAAACCGUGACAUGGAGUGGUUCUUCUUCUGUCCUCGGGAUAAGAAGUAUCCGAAUGGCUCUCGAACCAACAGAGCCACUAAAUCUGGGUACUGGAAAGCCACAGGGAAAGAUAGGAAAGUAGUCUGCAAGCCUUCAACUGUUGGAUACCGGAAGACACUGGUAUUUUAUCGUGGAAGAGCUCCUCUUGGGGAUAGAUCCGAUUGGGUGAUGCAUGAGUAUCGUAUCAGUGAUUAUGAUUCUCAGGGAAAUCCAAUCUUUCAGGGGCCAUUUGUCCUUUGUCGGGUCAUCAAGAGAAACGAUGUUUCGUUGAAGACAAUCAAUGCUCGUGGCGAAACAUCGGAGAAGGUCAGAUGCAAUUCAAGCAAUAAUGGAGAUAUCUCAUCAGUUCCAGAUGAACCGAUAGUCAUUUCUGGCAACGUCCCAACUCAAACCACGUACAAGACCACCGAGAGUAAUUACUCAAUACCUGUACCUUCUUCUCCCUACAAGACAUCACGAUUGGGGGACUAUGAGUUUCAUGUGCACCCUAGUUCUUCUAGCCUCUUGAUAUCUCCUGACAUGAUUCUUAACUCCUCAAAGGAUUAUCGUCAUCAGGGGCAGCACACUUUUGGAUACUACCCACAGUAUGGCUUCUCAAACCCAACCCUAUGGCAGCCAUAUGAAAACCCCGAGCUCUCAUCAAGUUCAUCUUACUCGAGCAUUAGAGCGGAAGUUGAACUUUCGGAUGAUCUAACUAGAUAUGCUUGUACGUCUGCAUAUUCAGCUCUGGGAAGCUACAUUGGCUUUUAUGGCAGCGAAGACGCAUCAGACCAAGGUUAUGAUCAGAGCAUCUUGUUAAGAAAUCCAAAUCUCUUCUGAGAUAACUUCAAUCUUCUGAUGUAAGUCACUUCUGCCCUUCCCUAUCACGACGGCUUUAAUUGCAUCUGAAGAUCAUUUCUCAAGUAGUUCUUAAUAAUCUAAAGUCAUCAUCAAAUAAGUUUCAGAUGUUGAAACCUUGUACUUACUUUCCCUUGUUGAUAAUAUAUGGAGUUGGGGUAUAUGAAAGAAAGCCAAUCUUCCCAUUCUAUAAGUAUCAUGUCUUCUGCACAUUGUAAGAAGUUUUAGGUCUAAGAGAAGAUGGAAGCAAUAAUAGUAAAACUAUAUGGUAUGGUGGUAUGGUGGUAUGGUAUACGGCGACACUAAAGA